AUGCCAAAGAUCUUCUUCAUUACGGGUGCUGGGAGUGGCAUCGGCAGAGUGACAGCACGCGAGCUCCUCCUUAAAGGCUAUCGUGUGUUCCUGACCGACUACAACGAAUCCUUUCUCGAAGAUACAUGCACAAAACAUCUUCCGUCGGUUGUUCCCGAAGAUAAACACCAAAAUUUCAAAUGGUCACCGAUGAAUGUCAGUGAUGACGAGCAGAUUGCAAAUGCGAUUGCCCUCUGCGUUCGCGGAUUUGGGGGUAUAGAUGUCCUAGUCAACAACGCGGGAAUAAAUAGCCAAUAUAUGCGCUCGGGAAUUCGUAUGGAUCAGGUCCCAACUUCGGAUUUUGAAAAAAUCCUGUCCGUGAAUCUCGUUGGCACUUAUCGCGUCUCGCAAAAAGCCAUACCGCACCUCGAGAAAUCUUCCACUGGCGGCGUGAUAAUUAAUAUGUCCAGUUGUCGCUCUACACAGCAGAGCAAGCACGGGGAGGCCUACGCUGCUUCCAAGGCUGGGAUUGAGGGCCUAAGCAUGGCAAUGGCGGUAAGUCUUGGACCGAGGAUCAGAGUCCACGUCGUUAGUCCGGGGAUGGUCGAUGUGCGAUCUGAGCGCAACGAAAGUCUCCUGCCCCCUUUGGAGACUCUAAAAAAUGAUCUGAAUAGGGAUUUUCAGAGUGAGUAUGCGCCAACGUGGGGUGCAGGCAAAAGCAAUACGCUGAACGAGGCGCAUCCUGUUGGUAGAAUUGGGAGGGGAGAGGAUAUUGCCAGGUGGAUUGAAUUUUUGGCUGUUUUGGAAGGCGGGUUUACGACCGGUGGGGCGUAUUUGGUGGAUGGAGGAUACUCAAAAGUACUCUCCUACCCUGCGUAG